UGUUUCUAUUUUCAUUUUUUCAUGCAUAUUUAUAAAGCUGUGUCUUCCCUAUUGGAAGCACAUAUUUCAGUGCCAAUAAUACUCUAAAAGUCUAAACCACAUACUUCAGCUUCAGCACCAGGUUUUAAUAUGGCUUGUUGGUCAGCUGAGAAUGCAACCAAAGCUUAUCUCCGAGCUCUGAAAAUGGGAAAAAGAAGUAAGGAGCCUGACAUGGCUGAGUUUAUAUCCGCCCUCGCUGCAGGAAACAAUGCACAGCUCAUGGUUGUUGCUUCUGCAAGAGUUGCAGGAUCCACCACACUACCAUUGGUGGCAGCUGCACAACAAACAGGUGGCCAAGUAAUGUGUAUUUUAUCCACAGAAUCUGAUUUUAUUGCAUCAAGAAAUUCUCUAGGACCUUAUGCAGAUUGUGUAAAGUUCGUCAUAGGAGAUGCCAAGGCCCUUUUACUGAGUGACUACAAAAGGGCUGAUUUUGUGCUUAUUGAUUGCAAUAUUGAUGAUUGCGAAGGAGUAUUUAGAGCUGCACGAGAGUGUGGAAGGAAUGGAAGGAGGCUUAUAAUUGGGUUUAAUGCCUUUCAGGGAUCAUGGCCUAAUGAAUUCAAGACUCACUUUUUGCCCAUUGGAGAGGGACUGCUGGUAACCAGAAUAGGUGGCAAGGUAGAUGAUGGAAGUGGGCAGAGAAAAAGAAGUAGAUGGGUUAUUAGAGUUGAUGAGUGCACUGGUGAGGAGCACGUCUACAGGGUCACUUGUCCACAGCAAGAGAUUGAAGCCUGAAGCUAUAGAGAGAGAAUACUUUAUAAUCUGACUCUAUGAUGUAAGUAUCAAAUAACAUGGAAAACACAUCUGGCUUUAUGUUUUUUUUUUUUUCAAGAAGUCCAGUGUUCCCCAUGUAAUUAAUUUAAAUACCAUGCUGAGUGUAUGGCUCUGUAUAAGAGAAAGAGAACAGUUCACUUGGUGA